AUGGUCAACCGUAGUUCCCUAGUAAAGUCGAGAGUAGAAGUGGCCGUCGAGGGCCGAUGGCGGCUGAGUCAUCUGGGGAUUCUGCGGGCAUCGACGGCCUUCGAUUCACUUUCAUCCUCCUUUAUCAAUCAUCCAACACUCGUCUCUGGACACAACAUGACUCUCAACUCCCUCCAAUCGGGCAGGUCCCUUCGUGCUCCAUCGUUGCGUGUCUCAUCAAAGUCCAAUCGAGGCCGGCCGCAUCUCCGUAGGCCGCACGCUCCUGCCAAACGCCGACUUGGUGGCCGUUUGCCUGCCUGA